CUCGUCGUAGGCUAGUUCUUUAUAGCGUUCUUCUAAAUAAAGGCAAUUUCUCUCUAGUGAUACUCUUCAAUCGCAUCUUGGAACUUGACGUUGUGAUUCCAACACUAACACGAGGUAAGCCCUCAGAUUGAAGCGGCCUUUGUCAUUUCAUAAAUAUAUAUAUACCCGCUCUUUGCUUUGCCAAUAUCGGUUUCUCUAAGAAACAACCGUAAUCAUAAUGCAUGCUUCCUAUAACAUUAUACUUGGGCUUAUUGCUCUCAGCGCAGCAAAGCCUACCCCCUUGCUCGGUAACGAUAUCAAUAUGGACAUUCGAUCAGAAUCGGAUCCUCAGUGGCCAGAGGUUAUGAACCAAAUCCAACAGGCAUUUGUGCAGGCAUGCCAUAAUACCUGCAUGAAGCUGUUCCCAGAUGAGGGAAUAUACCACGAUAAUUGUAUGAACAUAUGCCGUAAGUAGUGGAUUUUUAUAGUAUCUCUUCAGCUUCAAAUCACUGCUAACUUGAAGGGCUGACUCGAUAGAUCAUAACCAUUCCAACUUGAACUCGACAAACACAGAUGUGGGCAUGUGAUAAUUGCGUGUGGUGCGAAUGAGAAGAAGAUGAAGAAG